CAGUGCGCCGGUCAGCGAGCUUUCACUUCCAUAUCAAAUAUCAACAAGUUCAGCUUACAAAAUACUAUUGCGCUAGUAAAAAGAAAUGCAGAGUCUUAAAAUUUUCAUUUGGUUAUUGGUGGCAUAUUCAAUAACAUUAAUAAACGCGCGCGCCAUUGAUGAUGACUUGGCUACACGUCUCGAUGAGCUCGCUUCAGAUUCUGAAAAUGAUGAGCGCUUCAAUGAAAUCAGCGAUUUGGAGGACAUUAAUGAAGUUUACUUUCCCAAGCGACGACAAAAGUCCAAAAGUAUUACACGCAACUGGGAUGUGUCAACUAAAAGGCCGGCUGAUGUUGAAGAAUUGACCACGGAAAUUGAGAAAGGUUUUGUCCAGCCAAUGGUUUCUACGAUGUUCAGUUUUAUGCGUGAUGUCAUGCGACAAGUUUUUCAUUGAUAAUUCAUAAUUCCGGGUUAUCAUCAGUGUAUUAAGAUGCCUAGAUGAAUUUAUGAUUAUGUGUUAAUUGUUGUGUUUGCGUAGCU